ACUAAGAAAAUAAUAAUAAAAUAUCAUAACAUAAAUAAAAGGAAUUAAAUGAAGAAUACAAGUGCAAUAUGGCAUAUCGAAAUAUAUUGAAAAUAUUGCUCAUCUUGUUGGCGAUUAGUGUGGACUCAAACCAUUGUCAAGAGUCAAUGGAAUUAACAAAUUUCAGUUUGAGCGAUUCUCUUAUACGUCAUGCUCGUCUCAGGUGCUUGGAACAAUAUCCCCAGGCCGAUACAGUCAAUUACAGUGAUACUCACGAGACUCAUUGUUUUUUGCAAUGUUUUCUCUAUAAAAUGGGUUUAAUGGAUUUAAAGACAAGAGGUUUAAAUAGCAAAAAAUUCAUUGAUAUUUGGGAAAAAAUUGAAGAGGCUUUCGAGGAGGACACCUGUUUGGAAAGAUUUGAUUUUAGCGAACCGCUUAAUGGCAAUUGCACUGAUUGUUAUCGCAAAUUAAUGGAGUUUCGCAGCAACUGUUUGGAAUUAUUUGAAUAUUUUUUUACCACAAACAGCACUUGGAAAACGGAGAAUUCUAUAAACAGUAAAGAAAUUGGUCAAUCUGCUACGGAGUUUUGUGAUUUCAUUGAUGGAGAAAAUAUUGUGGCUAGAGAAGCGACAUCACAGGAUGAAGAGGUUUCGUUGCUGUCGCAAUACAAAAAUAAACUGAAGUGUAUCUUUCAUAAUAUUCACUACUUGGAUGCGUAUGGCAGAGUUGAUGAAUCCGAAAUCAACUUGAGUUACCUAGAGGCGAAUGAAGAUUUUCCCGAAUCUCGAGCCGUAAUACACAACUGUUCACAUCGUGCGAAUACAAAAUACCAUAAAUAUGAUGCCGGUAACAUGGUAUUGGAAUUGCAAAAGUGUUUGAAGGCCCAAAGUCCGGUCUACGAUAAAGUCUACAAAUUGAGGGAUGAAACUUCAAGACAAUAUUGACAUUUAAAUUAUCAUGAUUUAUUGAAUAAAUUAGUAUUAUUUAUUUUAAAUUAACAAA